AUGGUGCAGCACGAAACACGUGGGGGACUUCACUUUCUCUUCCACCCAAGUCCGCUCGAUGUAUGGAUCGGGCGCAACGUACAGCACAACGAUGAGACCGGGAAGCUCUACGACGAGAAGGGGGAGCCGCUGGGGGAGAGCGACCGGGAGGCCUAUGCUGGCUAUAGGGGGAGACUUUCUCAACGCCGAGCCCUAGGAGCAGCAGCAGACAAGUUGGUGAAAAUCACGGACGAGUUCAUGCCCCGCAUCACCAACGAGACGCGUGCCUUCAUAAUGCGUUUCCCUCACCGCAUCCCAAAACUCCUGAAGGAUGCCCGCAAGGUGAAGAAGAAGAAGAAGCAAGCACAGCGGGGGACGAGGGCAGCACAGCACAGCCAGGACAACCACCGCAUGCGGCCCACGACACCUCCACCUGCCCACGGAACACCUCGCCACACUGUUGGACAGACAAGCACAGCAACCGCCGGGGGACCGCCACGCCCAACUGGCACAAAUCAGCACAGCCGUCACCAAAGCAGGCAGGAAGGAGCACGCAAAAUUCACCGAGAGCAGAGCACUCAAACAGGCACGGCGCACAGCCCACCUGACAGCACCAGGGGGAGCAAGGCGACAGGCAUGGAAGGACGUGCAGAAACAACUGCACAAGGAACACAAACAAUGGAAGCAAGCCAUCGAGCAGAAGGCGGGCCCGCGUACCGGCAGCACAAGCGGGGGGGCGGGGGGGACGUGUGGAUGGCGACCCGGACAGACGAACACGACUGGCAGGGAGCACUUCUCGCCCACUUUCAAGCUAUCUUCGACAACGACAGCAGCCGCACGGGCGACAACGACUUCAACCUCCGCCGCGAGCGGCUCCGGCGGAUCUGCAAGCAUACACCAUGGCAACCCUUCACAGCCUGCGGACCGGACCAGAUCUCCCAUGAAGCCUUGCGUGUUCUGCUCCAGCACCCAGUUUGGGAAUAUCGCGUCCUCGCCAUGCUGAAUGAUGCCCUCUACACAGGGCUCCCCCCCGCACCCCAUCACGGGGGGAGCUUUAUGGACGACACCUACCUGUGGGGAGAGAACCCGCGCCACUUGCAAGCCACACUGGACAUCCUCCAGAAGGCACCGGGGGAGGCAUGGACGGACUGGAACAAGCGCUCACUCAGAAUGGCGCGCACACACCUGCUCAAAAACAAGAUUGAGCGCUGGUCCACCUACAUUCUGCGCAUGAUUUGGGGAGUCUGGGGGCAUGUGGCAAGGGCGGGGGACAUCACCUACCAAAUGCUCAUGUGGAGGGGGAUGCACUGGUGGAGACAGCAACAGCGGCUGCCCGACGACGUGGGGGCCAGACACUCGGCCCGCUUCAACAGCAGCCUCGACACAGAACGCCACAUCGUUGCCAGGGACCGCCUGGCAUGGGAGGCCCUCGAAGAACGAUUCAUUGAGGCCAACGACCCCCCCUGGUGCUCGGGCAAGCAAGCACAACUCGAAAACCUGGCACAAGCACGAGCAGACGCCAAGAAGGCCAAAGCAUUGAAAGACAAGCGAAAAACCCGCAACGCGGGGAGACGACUGCUUAUCUAUAGCAAAUGA